UCGAUCACCUUUUCAGUUAUUAAACCUCGUGUGAAGCCCCACAUAGUUCUUUUCAGUAUUAUGGAGGUAAUGCAGCACUGACGUCCUGCUGUCUAUUUAGCAGAAGCUGAGCAGUGGAUGUGACCUGAAUGCAAUUUAUGAUUUAAUAAUGGAAUGAGCCGCAAAACACAUUGAAAACAGACUUUCAGAAACGAAGCCACAGAAAUGUUUCAUCUGCAUUUUCUCAGCCGGUCCAGCACUGCUGUGCAGUACAUGUGCGAUUUUUUUUAUUGCGGAUACUCAGUAUUGUUUUGUCUUGUAAGACUGUGCCGUAAGGAUUAUGCUUCUGGUGAAAUUUUGUACGCCUUUAUUUUUGCCAUGAUAAGUCACGCUUGGGUUUUUAAAUAAAGUAAUAGUUAUAUUGCAUUUCCACGGUGUAAUUCCGAUUAAAUAAUCUAUUGUGUUUUAGGUUCAAGCAGAAGAAACUGUGCAGGCAGGUGUUGCCUGACACGUCAGGCGCGUUCUUGAGGGGAACAAAUACAGAAGGUAUUUUAUUUUACAACGGCGAAACAAAAUAGCCUACCUUAGGUAAUUUCUUUUCUGGGGAAAAAACAUGCAGGUAGGUAUCCGUUCAACAAGCAGAUAUCUAAAGGACAGCCUUUAUCGCAGCCUUUCUUUACAGUGAAGGUGGGAGACGUGUUUAAAUACCCGACCCAAAAGCUUGCUAGCACGAUUGAAUUCUCUGGGCAAAGGGAACCCGGCGGUUGUCCGCCAAAGCUAUUGCACUGUGAGCGGCUGUCUCAAUAAAUCGCAAAUAAAUGGAAACCCUGGGUUUCAGAAUUACUUUCUAGCAGAAUGCAGUGACAGGGAUUUUAAUCCAGUAUCAUUACGCCGUUUCCGGUUCCUAGCUGGUGUUUCCCCAUUGCAAACUCUUGAAAAAGCAGCAUAUCCAAAUGGCAUGGACACUUACGCAAGGUCUGCUGCUCAGCCGUGCUACUGGAGCCUAUUUGCAGUCUCCUACUUCAACUCAACUCCAUCAUCAUCACCCAACAGCAACGAGAGCACUGCAGCAGCCCGAGCAGCGACCACAGAGCCAAAGCAGACGGCAUGAGGCUUGAUUCAGUACAUUUCUCCAUGCUGGUCAUCGGGGUCUCCUUCGCCUGCUACUCCCCGAGUUUGAAUUCUUUGCAGGACCAGGCUUACAAAUCAGCAGUGGUCAUUGAAGGCAAGGUGCAGUCGGUACCUGUUAAUGUCUCCAAGGAGCCCUACAGUGUGAAUGUCAAAGUACUGGACGUGUGGCCCCUCAACAGUGGGGGUCUAGAGAGGGAUCAGCUUGUGACCAUCGGGGAAUUUGGAUCGGAGGCUCCGUGCACCAAAGUGAAAAAGAACCACAAAUACAUCUUUUUCAUGGACCCAACCGACGAGCCGUUAGUAUUCAAGGCAUCGUUCGCUCCCUUAGACACCAGCGGGAAGAAUCUAAAAAAAGAUGUUGGGAGGAUCUUGUGUGAAGACUGCGCUGCUGCCCCAAAGUUGAAGAAGUUGAGGGACCAGUCUGUCCGGGAGGGCGAAAAGCUCAUACUGAAGUGUGAGGCCACAGGCAACCCCAUUCCUACUUACAAGUGGUACAGAGAUGGCAGCGAGCUGAAAAAGAGCAAAGAAAUCAAAAUAAAGACUGGCAAGAAAAACUCCAGAAUACAGAUCACCAAGGUGAAGGUUGAAGAUUCGGGGAAUUAUACAUGUGUGGUGGAGAAUCUGUUGGGGAGGGACAACGCAACAAGCACCAUCAACGUCCAAAGCAUAACAACCACGCUGUCUCCCGGCUCUGGCCAUGCCCGAAGAUGCAAUGACACUGAGAAGGCUUACUGUGUCAACGGUGGCGUUUGUUACUACAUAGAUGGUAUAAAUCAGCUGUCUUGCAAGUGUCCAAAUGACUUUAGAGGUGAUCGCUGUCAAACCUACGUUAUGGACGGUUUCUACCAGCAUCUUGGAAUUGAAUUUAUGGAGGCCGAGGAGCUGUACCAGAAGCGAGUGCUGACAAUCACUGGGAUAUGUGUGGCUCUGCUCGUCGUGGGGAUUGUGUGUGUGGUCGCUUACUGCAAAACCAAGAAACAAAGAAAGAAAAUGCAUAACCACCUGAGGCAGAAUAUGUGCCCAGAUCACCAGAACAGAAACCUGGCAAACGGGCCGAACCACCCAGGGCCCGGCCCUGGUCCUGAGGAGAUCCCCAUGGUGGAUUACAUUUCCAAAAACGUUCCAGCCACUGACCGGGUGAUUCGUCACGAGGCAGAGACUUCGUUUUCUGGCAGCCACCCCUCCUCCACGUCUCAUCACUCUUCAACAGCUACCAACACAUCCAGUCACAGACAUGAAGACCGCACUUGGAGCUUGGACAGGACGGAGAGUGUUAUUUCAGACUCACAUUCUGGCAUGAUGUCAUCCUCAGUGGGGACCAGUAAAUGCAACAGUCCUGCCUGCAUCGAAGCUCGGGCGCGGCGUGCAGCACACUGUGGCAUUACUGACCCCCGCCGCCCCAUGAUGCAGUACAGGGACUCCAUCGACUCACUGAGAGACUCACCACACAGUGACAGGUACGUGUCAGCCCUGACGACACCAGCCCGCCUCUCACCUGUGGACUUCCAUUACUCACUGCCUACACAGGUGCCUACUUUUGAAAUCACGUCGCCCAAUUCCAGCCAUGCAGUUUCGCUGCCGCCCGCCGCGCCUGCUGCUUACCGCGUGGAGGACGACCUGCCCCUGCUGCGCCGGUACCAGGUGCCCCUGCAGGACAUCCAGAGGCACGAGGCGUACCGGCAGCAGAGGUGCAGCUACCUGAACGACAGCACGGGCAGCCUGCCCUCUAGCCCCUUCCGGCUUGUGGAGGACGACGAGUACGAAACCACACAGGAGUACCUGUCCGCCCUCGAGCAACCAAAGAGAACUGUCAGCAACAGCAGGCGGUGGAGAAAAUCCAAACUCAACGGGCACAUUUCACAGCGCGGGGAGGCAAUGCGGGACUACAGCUCGCGGAGCUGCGUGUCCGACAGCGAUUCGGAGGAGGAGCAGGCGAGUGAAAGCACGCCUUUCUUGAGUAUGCAGAACAUGAACAUGGUGGUGAACACAGAGCCGUCCACCAUAUACAGACCGGCUGACAGCAGGACUUAUUAUUCAUCGGGCCGGCACAACACUCGUGGGAAUUUACAGACCAGACUAACACACUCGAGGUCAAAACAAGACAAUGCACCCCUUUAAAAACCAACCAACAAAUAUAUAUUAUAGACCUGCACCUAUAAGAAAUAUUUUUAUUUUAUAUAACAGACAGAUAUUCUAAACAAAUGAAAUAUUUAUUUUCAUUUUAGCAAAAGUUGUCUACUAGCUAACAGCAAAGACUUUUUUUAUAGGGAAAACUCUAUUUAUAUGUAAAUUUUGAUUUACAGCUUAAAAAACGUGCCAAUUUUUUCACGACUUAAAAAAUAGAAUAAUAUUGUGGUGCCUUUUGCUGUAUGCUGAUGCCAGAGUUCCAGUUGAGUUUUUUGUAGCCUUUCUAAUAUGAACUCAUCAUUUUUAUAGACAUUUUAUUUCUGGAUCUGUUAUCUGGGAUUUGUUUUCUGAUUUGAACUGUAUUAUCCAUAGAUGUUGGUUAAGCUCUCAUACAGUAUAACUCACUUCUGCAUAAAGUGUAUGUUUACAUGAAAAACAAAUCACAGACAUGUUUAUCAGUUUUUAUAAUUCAAAGUUGACAUUGUAAAGAAUUGUGUUUAUUUGGGUUGGAGGGAAUGAGCAUGUCAUUUAUUUAGUGUCAAACCAACAAGUGGUGUAAUAUUACGCUGCCCAAAAUUGCAAGGGUUUCAACAUAAACAGAAGAGAGCAGACGUGCAAUGAUGCCAGUCACUUCUCUGUCUAAAACUGCAUGCUAAUCUGGGUUGAGAAAUGGAAGCAUAUUGCCAUCAUACCCUGCAGGUUAUUUAGCUGUACAUUACAGAUAAGUGACAGUCUUGUUUUAUGGUUGUGCUCUUUGCCAAAACUCAUGGGCUGGUGUAGAGAAACCUCUCAUUUUCAUUGACUGCGGUCUGUGAAGUAUUAUCCUAAAUUCUUUAAAUCUUUGAUCCCCAGUGCAAAAACAUUAAUAGUGGUUGCAAUAGCGGAGCAUGUGUCAGGGGCUUUCACUGAGGGUGCAGGUCCACCUUUAGCUGCGAUCAGAACUUAGCCCUCUUACCGACAACUGGCACUAAAUUCUCAUGGGCAUGAUGAGACAUUGCACAAUUGCUCCUUCAGAAGGCUAACAAGCUGGUUGAGGCUCAUGGGCAGUUUGGGCUGCUUCCCAGGCACCAUCAUGAGACUCCCAGGAGGGUUGGAUUGACAGGACUCCUACUUCUCCAAUGCAGAUUCCAAUUGUUAUUUUAUGAUUAAUCAUUCCUUCUUACACAGAACGUGUGAUAACUCAUGUUGAGGCCUUCUUUGUAGAAUCAUACAAGUCCAGGCUGUGCAACAUUGUCAAUAAUGCCAAAAUAUGCAAACAUAUUUAUGUAUAUUUUUGUUUGUUUGUUUAUUUGUUGACUUGACUGAAUUAUUAUCACAAGUAUUAUGUCAGCAAGCCAUUUUCUAUUUCAAAACUUUUGGUAAUACUUUAGUAUUAUAGUCCUCUGUGUGAUUUUUAAAUUCUGAAAUGUUUAAUGGAUCUUGAGCUAGACUUCUGAAAAUGCAUUAGCCUGGUUAAUUAGUUAAAAAAAUACUCUCCCCUUCAGAGUUACAAAAUAAAUUAUAGAUUAUAUACAUUAUCUUUAUUGUUAUUACCAUAAAGGUGUAAAAAUUAUGCAAGGUUGGAUACCUUUGUUCUUUAACGUAUAUAUGCAGAUGUUUAUUUUGUGUUUUCAGCAUAAAGCCAACCUUUUCGAAUAUGUUAAUAAUCACAGUCAUUAGCUAAUAUUCUUUGAUCCAUCUGGCUUUGCUGGCAGUAGCGUGUGACCAGCAAUAACAUCAGUUAAACAGUCGCAUGAGAGUGACGAGCUGUGUCUGUGAUCGUGUUGAAGCUUUCUGGUGGGACAGCUGCCAGAAACCCUCAUCCAUUCUCCAUGGAGAGAAACAAAGGAAAACAUAGAACUUUGUAGGUUUGCAAUACUUCAAGAGGAGCAUAUUUUGGCAUUGCAUUUUUAUAUGUCAUACAGGAAAAUAAAGAUGUAAUGUGAAAUAUUAUUAAUAAUUCUGCAACACAGUUUUCAGAUCAAAUCGAUUGCAAAGGCGACUCUUUUGAUUUAACAAAAUAAAACCACAGUUCUCAGAACUAAGCAUAUAAGCAAGUCCUACUUAACUGCUUUAAUGAGAGACACAGUGUUAAUGGUGUAAUGGUUCUAUAUCCUAGAUUAGAAAUUGUUUUCCUUUAAUGUCUCAUAGCAGAAAUCCGGGAUUUUAAAUUUGUAACUUUUCUUUUCUGAUUGAGUUGGAUUUGAUGCAAUGAAGGCGGUGCUUCUAGUUAGUUCACAUGUGAAAAAGCCCCAUUUGGAAUUCUUACUCUUUUAUCCUGCAGGUUCUUUUAUUUCUGUAGCUUGGCCCUUUUUAACAGAAGAUCACCUCGUUUCUGCAUGUCCUUGGCAAUUCAAAUAGAUGGAUGCAUGGUGAAGUGGCAACUGAAAAGUUUUCCAGUUAGUGAAAGUGUAUUUAAUUUAACAUCCAGCAAUAAAUCCCUUUUCUCAUGUCCAUUCUUGGAAUAUGCUAGAGAUUUUGCGAGAUUGUCUUAAAUACUUGUAAAAUAAAAAAGAUAUCAAACCACCUGUUCACAUAAAAAUAAAUCUUUA